AUGCAAGACUUGUAUGUCCUUGCUCAGUUGCAGAGGUUUGCUCGUGGAAAGACAGUGAGAAAAAGAAGAGAUGUCUUGGGGACCCAGAGGAGAACUCAGUCCCUCCCCAGAGUUCCUUCCUCCCAACAGAAGGACUGUACUGAAGUGGCAGAAGACACAAACAACUGUGAUCAAGUACAUCACAGGAUACAACCUGAACAGAACACAGCAACUUUGAGCCACGGCACAAGGAGAAAGAUCCGGAGCCCAAGAAUAAAGUUGGACCAUGUGUUCCGGAGAGAGUAUCAGCUACAUGAGAGAGGAUCUCCAUCCCAGAGAGUAAAACACAGCAGCACCAGCUCUCAGGAAGAAGAGGAAACUCCUGGAAAAGCCUAUCAGCUUUAUACACUUUACAGGGAUAAAGAUGGACAGAUAAAGCAGGCUCCUGCGAAUGACUGUCAUUGUAAGCCCCUCAUUAAAACGCUGGAGAAUAAGCUGAAAGCCGCAAAGAUGGAGAUGAGGUCAGAAAUUCACACAGUCCAAGAGGAGAUGAACUGCAGGCUGGGCAGAAUAGAGCAAAAAAACAAGCAUCAGAUUAAAGUUCUUGAGAAACUCAUGCAGGAGCGUGUGUCAGCUGAGACAAUGGAGUGUCAUUAUCGAAUCAAUCAGAGAGCCACCCUGGAACGCUUGGCGGAUGAGAGAAAACAGGUAGCUGCUACCAAUGCUGUGAAAAGCUGGUGCAUGUCUAAGAUUCAGGAUCUUGACGUGCGAAUGCCUGCAGAGACACAAUACUACAAACUUCUGCACUCUCCAUCAGUGGAUCACUCUCUGGUGGACUCAGACCCCGAGGGUCUCCCACUGCUGUCACUUAUCUCUGAGGAGAGCUCCAGCUCACUGGCCACCUAUGUCAAUGUGUUACCCAGCCCAGGAGCAGAUGAUUAUCAUAACCUGUCAGCUCCUUCAGUGGUCAAACACAAACCUCUAUCACGGAAGCUGGUGGCUGCUGACCCCAAGUGGUACAGAGCAGAAGUGCAGGAGGUUGAUGUCUCAAAGUCCAGGUCAGACAAAAGGGAUGAACUGUGCGAUAGCACCGCCAGCAGCAGUCUGUCCACAUCCAGCAAGCGUUACAAUGACAGCGACACAGAACCAGCGCCCAGCCCGGCCUGGAAACACAGCAGGCACCUGAAGGAUUAAAGCACAUCACGCUCAAACCCAGCAGAACAACACCAUGAAGACCCUGGAGGUGUUUUCCCAGCGGCCCGUGGAGGCCACCUUCAUCCAAGAGCGGGCAAACUUACACGCCAUGGAGGUGACACAGCGUUUCUUUGAGACGGUCUCCACACAGCUGGAACGCUGGUAUGAGAGGAAGAUCCAGGAAGCGCAGAAGGUGGCAGAACAGAAAGCCAUGCAGGACAGAGCCAGUCUACUGGAGAAGAUCAACACACUGGAAGAAGAGCUACAGAAGCUUCGCACUAACACUAAUACAAACUCUUGACACAUACAGUACUAUCCCCAUAUACCUGGAUUCCACCUAAUAUGAAAGUCGUGGCAAUACAAAUGAGAUUGGAGCUUUGUAAACACUGAGUAAACUUACAGUAAUUUUAUUGUACUGUAGUAAAACACAGGGAUGCAAAACUAUUUUAAAAUUUAAAAGACUCCAAAUCAAAUUUUCAUUUUGACAAUGGCAGGAAUUAUUAUUAUAUGUAGGUUGUGGUUAUGCUAAUGGUACAACAGUGCUCUAUUAGCCAACUGAGUACAGUACUUCUUUGCUCAAUGUCAAGUCAUCCAGAAAUGAAAACUGUUAUCAUUUACUCGCCAUCUUGUCUUUCAAACAGGGUUGAGAAAGAUUCAGAAUCAAAGAAGUGCCUUCCUUUCACUGAGCUGGAAUGUGAAUUGAAUUGGCCCCACCCCACAAGAAGUUCUAUUGGAAUUUGAAUUGGAAAGACAGGAAGAGGAACUUGCUGAAUAGAGAUUCAAAGAAAUUUAAAUGUUGUUCCAUCCUUGUGAAAUAUAUAAAGUGAAUACUUUGUUUUCUAUAGUACAGUGAAAGUUUAUGAAGGCUGGUCUAUCAAAAAAAUAAAAAAUACAAAUAAAAUAAAUACAAAUAAUACAUUUCAGCUGACA